AUGGGGCCGCACAUCUACCACAAAGUCAUUCCGGAGUCGUGGAGGGACAUGGUCGGCCCGCAGCCGCAUUUCAUGGUCAGCUUCUUCGAUCCUGACACAAAGGCUAGCUGGUCCUCUCUCAUCUUCGCGCGACCGGGUUUUGCUGACUGCGAGACCUCGGACGGAACUCACAUCGAAAUCGCUGCCGCCCUUGACCCUCGGGAUGCAGCAGCCACUGCUGGGAUGAUGAAGCCAGGGAUUAUGGUCGGUGCGGUUGCCAUCGACUUCAUGUCGCGACGGCGGAAUCGCUUCAAUGGAGUGAUCCGACAGGUCCACAAAAAUGGGCACUUCUCGAUCCGGAUCCGCCAGGCCUUUGGAAACUGUCCUAAAUACAUCACGCGGCGCAGAGUUCGGAAGAUGGGCAAGAAUCUCGAGUUUGCCACCGAGCCGGCCAUGGAGGCUUCCACGGUCGGCAAGUUGGAAACUGCCAUCAUCACAAGUGCAGAUGACAUGUACUUUGGAACGGGCACGGCAGAACAUGGAGCUGACAUGAACCUUCGUGGUGGCUCCCCAGGUUUCGUGCGUGUCCUGCACGGUGGAAGUACAAUCUGCUGGCCAGACUACACAGGGAACGGAUUCUACAUGAGCCUCGGCAAUGUGCAGUUGCAGAAGGUUGCCAGUCUGGUGUUCGUGGACUGGGACGCCACAGGCCAUGGUGUUCAAGUUGCCGGAAGUGUGUGCACGGUUGAGAGGUCCGAGGUCGUGGACGCCGAGCUGCUGAGAGUCUUAGGCGAGGAGCCGCAAGCCUUGAGACUAGUGGUGAUGUCGGUGAAGAGUCUCCGCUCCAUCCCGCGAUACAGCCCUCACGUCUAUGAGAAGGUAGAGCUGAGCCCGUACAAUCCCCGGCCAAAAGCACUGGGGCCGGAGUACUUGGCCGUUCUCCAGUGGGUGCGCCAAGAGUCCCGGGAUGUCCGGACCUUCGAGUUUCAACUGGCACCGCUUCCCAAACCAGGCUCCAUUCUCUUGAAGCCCGGGCAGCACGUCCGGCUGGCGCUUCCCGCGCUGGGGAGGGGAGGGGAAGCUGCGCCGGAACGAACCUGGACGGUAACCUCUUCGCCUCGGUGGCUUGCAGACCAUGGCCGCUUCCAGAUCUCAGUGAAGCUGAAGCCUGGCGGCCUGGCAUCGACAUGGCUGCACAAGCUCAGCCGCGAGGAAAUGAAGGGAGCCAACAUACACUUUCUUGGCUUCUCGGGUGAAUUUGGCCCACAACUUGACCCCCGCAGCGGCGAGCUGCGCAGCCAGAUCGCCAUGCCACGGCACUCCGUGUUCUUGACAGCUGGGAUUGGCUUGACCCCGGCAGUGGCGGCUCUUACCGCGAUUGCAGAAUCGGGCCCCCGUCCUCAGACUCUCACCAUCUUCUACUCAGUUCGUGAGCUCUCGGAAGCGGCUUUCUUGGAGCUGCUGGCCUCGGCUGGUAGGACCCUUGUGCAGUUGCGCGUCACUUAUCGAGUCAUACUCCUGCUGACCGGGCCGGAUGCAUCGAAGGAGAGGAGGAAGCUGGAGGGGAUGUUGAGGCAGAACUUCAUCAGCUCCGUCCAAGUUGAAACCGGCAGGCUGUCGACAAAGGUGUUGACAGAUCACCUGCCAGCCAGGGCCAUUCAACCCCACGAGACCAUCGAAGCCUUCAUAUGUGGCCCAGCAGGUUUCGACUCUGCUGCCAGAGACAUGUGGACUGCUGCAGGCUUCUGCGGAAUGGUAGAGUCGGUGUACAUGCGAGCCAAAGUGGCGGCAGGAUGCUGUAGAAAGUACAGAGAGAACCUGUUUGUCCUGCAGCGCGAAGGCUUGACCUUCGCGCACAGGUCGGGAAAAUCCAUUCGCCUUAUCCUGCUGCUCCACUUGCCCCUGGAAAGGUUGACCAACUCAAAUGCGAGUCAGGCGAGCAGCAAUGCUGCCGCAGACAAGCCCCGACGGCCGCGUUCCCUGGCCCGCCGCCUCCGCGCGAUGCGCGACCGUGGAAACUGGGAGGAGGCUCUCCGCAUCUUCCGUGCUUCCGGCGACCUGGCCUUGGACCCGGCCGCGUGCGCCGAGGCAUUGGGAGCCAUGGUCAGGACGGCUAGUGCAGCUGAGGCCUCGCAGCUUCUUCACCAGAUGCACAACCAGGUCCUGGAGCCGGACCAUGUGGCCGUGGGAUCGGCUGUCGCUGCCUGCGUCGCUGGUGGUGAGUGGGAGGAGGCCGUCAAGCUCCUGUCGGAAGUGGAACUUUGGAAGCUUCCGGCAAAGUCUGUGGGAUCUGUGGCCUACAACGCUGCCAUCGGCGCCUGCGGCUAUGCCCACUCCGCGGAGAGCGCUCUCCAGCUCAUCGAGCGAAUGGAUCGACAGAAGAUCCCGCGCACGACCCGCACCUUCGGCGCCGCCAUCGGUGCGUGCGGUCGCGGGCACGCGUGGCCGGCAGCUCUGAGACUGCUUGAAGAGAUGCGAGACACUCGCUGGCCCGAAGUGGCAGGCGCGGAUGCCGUUGCCCACGCCGGCACCAUCUCCGCGUGUGCAAAGGCCGUUGCAUGGCGCCAGGCGCUGCUGCUGAUCAGGACUGCGGAGGAGUGGCUGCACGAGCCCAUGUCUCCUGCUGCCUACACGGUUGCCAUCGCAGCCUGCGAUCGCGCUGGACUCUGGGAGCAGGCUCUGGCGGUUUACGCGGACAUGAAGCAGCAGCAGGCGGAGAUCGGUGCGACAGCGCUGAACGCCGUUCUGAGCGCCUGCGGGCGUUCCAGCGAAUGGCAGCAGGCCGUUAAAGUGUGGAAUUCGCCUAUGUUCGCCAACCUUGCGGACCGGAUCAGUUCUGGACUGCUUGUACGAGCGCUCGAACGAGCAGGACAGUGGGGCCUGGCGCUGCAGACCUUUCGGGAGCUUGGAGCCAUGCGGGUCGAGCUAGGGACGGCGGCCUUCAACGCAGCCAUUUCUUCUUGCGCCCUUGGGCGCCGCUGGCAAUUUACCCUGGAACUGUUGCAACAGAUGCCCGCUGUCCGCGUGCCCAUGACGCGCAGCACCCGAAAUGCGGCCUUGCGCGCCUUCGACGGGCCAGAGCUCAUCCCGGCGGCCUCUUCGGCUCUGCGACUGCUGCGGGCCGGUCUCGGCGCGGCGCAGACAGAGGAAUGGCAGCGUCAGACCUUGCCGCGCCACUUGGAGCUGACCGAGCACGCCCUGGACCAAGCGGCGUCCCAGCUGGAACUACGCCUGACGAACCCGGAAGGCGCGAGUGAGGCCAGCGCGGCCUCAGGCUCUGGAGGCGACAAAGACUUCGCCGAAAGAGCCCUGCACGCGCCCGCGGAAGCGCAGGCGCUGCCUCUCGAACUCCUUGCCAGACUUGGGCCGGAUCUGGCAGCAGCGAAGAUUGAAAGCCUUAGGCUCGAACUCCGUGAGGUGACGGCUGCCAGUCUGAGCGCGGAAGAUGCGGAUGUUUUCGUUCACCUGGUGGGUUCGCGGCUCUACGGCGCCAGCCUCCCUCAAGCAGAUGUCGACCUCGUGGUGGAGCUUCGCCCGGAAUUCGAAGCCGCGAGGAGGAGCCAGGUUGCGGACGAACAGAGCCACACAAGCACACCCAGGAUUGUCUCCAUGCGAUCCCUGCUGCAGUUGAGACGGCACAUUGAGGCUGAAGCGAACUGGGAGGUGAUGGAGAUGGCGUUGGACGCUCGUCGCCCGAUGUUGCGGCUGAGGCAUGCCCACAUCGAUGCUGGCAUCGAGGUCACAUUCGACCAGACCCUGGCCACACUCGCAAAGAGCGAGCUCCUCGCCAGAGCAUGUUGCGAGGCCGCAACCCCUGGCCUGGCUGCGGUGCUGCUCCUGGUCCGAGCUUGGGCGCAGAGGCGGCAGAUCUGCGGACAAAGACAAGGAUACCCUUCUGGGUAUGCUUUCGGGCUCAUGGUGGCCUACUACUGGCAGCGCACAGGCUUGCUGGGCCCGGUACAGCCCAAGGGGCGUGAGGCGCUUUCAGCCUUCUCGAGCUCCGGCGAGGAGCAAAGUGCCGCAGAGGGCAAGACAAGCUCAAACAACAUUGACGACACUGUCGCAGUCGCCCGGGCUCUGUCGGGCGUCUUCUCGUUCUAUGCUUCGUGCUUCAAUUGGAGCAGGGAAGCCGUUUCCGUUCGUGAGGGGCUGCCGGGCAGCCACCCAUCUGGAGCGAAGCCGUCGCUGGUGCUUCUGCGGGUGGAAGAUCCGGUUGAACCAGGAGUGGAUUUAGCAGGGCCUUAUCUCAGCCCUUUUCGGAACUGCCGCUUGCGUGCCGAAUUUCGGCGUGCUGAGCGCUGCCUUCGGUUGAAUCCCGACCGAGGCGCCUGGGAGGCCGUCUUCCGCAGCCGGCGAUGCUGA